CUCAGUGCUAUGCUGCACCGGCGACCGCUGGAGGCAGGAGCAUGACAAGCACGGCAACAACAGGAAUAUUGCCUCGCCCAACAUGCCGCGCAGCCUCGACAGCGCCCGCGAGAGCUGGCGGGCAGCGGCCAUGAACGAGUACAGCUCGCUCCGCCAGCUCAAGGACUCGGUGCGUUUGGACAGCCACGGCUCCAUCGCCACGCAAGGCCUGCGCUCGUGCGUGUGGAAGAUCUUCCUCCUCUUCGACACGCUCGACCGCGACGAGUGGCAGCGCACCUUGGCCUCGAGUCGCUCCGCCUACAACUCACUCCAUGCUCAUUUCGUUCUCCCAGCUGAAGAUCCCGGCGCUGCUGCCACUGACCUCGACCCGCUGAGUCAGGAGACAGAGAAUUCAACCCGGCAACGGCUGCACAAGGAUGAGGAUCUGCGCGCCGAAAUCCUGCAAGAUGUCGAACGAUGUAUGCUCGACUACACGCGGGAGCCUGAGACGCAGCGCAUGCUGGUGGACAUACUCUUCACCUUUUCCAAACUCAAUCCCGACAUCUCGUACCGCCAAGGAAUGCACGAGAUCGCUGCCCACUUGUUGUGGGUAGUCCUCGACGAUGCAGUUGUCGUGGACAAUUCAAGUAAGGCAUUGGGAGAGGACAGUAUCAUCAAGACUGUGUUCGAUUUUGAGUAUGUGGAGCACGACACUUUCGUGAUAUUCGCCCAAGUCAUGCAAAACGCGAAAACGUUCUAUCUUUCCGAGGGCUCAUCUUCCAUCGCCGCACGGAGUCGCCACAUCUUCGAAGAGCUCUUACCUCAAGUCGAUGGCGCCCUCAUGACUCACUUAAAGAGUCUCGAUAUCGUGCCGCAAGUGUUCUUGAUACGAUGGGUCAGGCUUCUGUUCGUUCGUGAGUUCGCGUUCGAAGACGUGCUAUGCCUGUGGGACGUGAUAUUCGCCGAGGACCCUUCGCUUGAGCUUGUGGACUACAUCUGUCUUACUUUACUUUUAAGGAUACGAUGGCAUUUGUUGGAUGCUGACUACAAUGGCGCUUUGGGAUUGUUAUUGAAGUAUCCUGAGCUUGACAAGGAUCUUCCCGCCCAAGUGCUUGGGCUCGACGCCCUAUACCUCAAGUCCCAUCUCAACCGCGAGGGCGGAAGCUAUUGUGUGCUCAAGUAUACUGGGAGGCCCCUGCCAGAAUCAAAUCGCCCAGCCACACCUCCCGCGCUGCAGCGUAACAUUACAACAUUCUCAGGCAUCAACGCGGCGCGUCGAACAGCUCAGCCGCGGCUAGAGGGUCUCCUCCAGACUACUGCUAAGAACCUUUACGCUCAAGGAGGGAAGCUCGGUUUGGGUAAAGCAGUGCGCAAUGCCGUGGACGAGGUCCACAAAAAGGCACAGGAGAUCCGCACCGCGCAGACGCCAACGCCUCCUCCACGGCGACAGUCGAGAGUGAAGGAGCUCGAAACGCGCAAUCAACAAUUGUCAGAACUCCUCGGUACCGCUGUGGAUGAGCUGUGGGAGUACCAGAGGUCUGUGUCUGAGGCUGACGACCAAGCGAAACAUAUGGACAAUGUGGAGAAGCUCUCUGAGGCCAUUGCUAAAGUUCAGCUCAUCCAGGUGUACCUUGCGCAGCCCUCUUUGCAACUCGCGGAGCGGUCGUUCCAUGCCUAUAAGGGAGACGGAGGUGCCUCGCCCAAGAAACCUGCUGGUAACCAGGAUGCAUCUGAGUCAAAGGAAUCGUUGAGCAGCAGUGCCCUAAUGCAGGAACACGAGAACCAUGAUGAUCAUGUGGCCAACAGCACAUCUCUAGCAGAUCCAGCCAGCUUCGAGGACAUCGUCAACAUCGGCCAUCCCGGUGAUCCAUUGUCAACACCGACCGAGAAAGAUCUGCAUACUCGGGUGCUCGACGAUGCGGAACCUCAGGGUACCGUUCGAACCAAGUCGCAUCGCUUACGACCUUCCUUGGAGCAGAGCUCGUUCUCAUUCAUGCUGGGUCAAGUCAAUGCUGCUGAAGCUCCCCGGGCAUCUCCUUCCGCGAGCGAUAGAACGAGUGCAUCAUUGUUCGGGGAUCGUCCUAGCACACCUCGCAAGGCGAACACAGAGAGCAAUCGAGCGGACGACGAAGACUUCGAUAUCCUGAGUCUCAAGCGAGCUAAAGGCGACAGAACGUGAGUAAAGGUCUAGCGGAACGUAUCUCAUCAGCUUGGUUCCUGGGCCGCUAUUCUUCCUGUCCCCAUGAUUUCGCCUACUCCCAACUGCUCUUUCUAGUGCUGAGAAUCACAGCCGAUGGUCUCCCGGCUUGUGCUGGCGCUUCAGCUUUGCUGGACAUUUCCAUUCAGAGCCGCCAUGGGGCAGUUGAAUAGCUCCAAUACUGCCUUGGGCGCAUGGCAGGUAUUACACGGUCCUCCGUCGCAAACCUGAAGAUGUCCGGAUCAUCGUCGGCUGCUUUCCAUACCAUGUGGCAGCCUGGGAAGUCAAAGCGUACAUGUAGAUUUGCUUGCGCGUCAAACGUAGGAGCGAACUAUUUAUUCUCCACAGC